AUGACAAACAAGCUAACAAGAAGCCAAAAAGAAAGAAGUGGCAGCAGAGAAAAGGAUCAAGAGAGUUCCAAGAAGAAAGAGGGUGAGCCACAGGCUUCAAGGAAGGGAAAUCAAGUCAUGACAGAGCCCCCACAAGAACAGAGAAAGGAGGUUAAAUGUUACAUCCCUCCUCUGCCAUAUCCUCAAAGAUUGCAAAGAGAGCUCAAGGAUCAACAAUUUUUCAAGUUUCUGGAGGUUUUUAAAAAGCUGGAAAUCAAUAUCCCCCUUACUGAAGCAUUAGAGCAAAUGCCUCUAUAUGCAAAAUUCCUCAAAGAACUCAUUAAUAAGAAGAGAAGUUGGAAUGAAAAGGAGACAGCGAUCUUGACACAAAAAUGUAGUGCAAUGAUUCAAAAGGGUCUCCCAUCAAAGCUCAAGGACCUAGGGAGCUUCAUCAUAUCAUGCACCAUAGGCAACAUGACACUAGAAAAGGCUCUCUGUGACUUAGGUGCCAGCAUCAACUUGAUGCCUCUCUCACUAAUGAAAAAGCUUGCAAUAGAGGAAGUCAAACCAACAAGAAUGUCACUUUAA